AUCUUUGAACAGAUAUAUGCAACUUUAGAGUCCUCAUCUGAAAGCCACUGGGGAUGUUUUAGGUCUCAUGAGGCAUGAGGAGAAGGAAGGUCAAGCAUAAAGUGUGGCAACAAGAAUGUCCAAGAUAUACCAAUACAAGCCUGCAGUGAAAGCUACUUUGUACAAGAGGAUGAAACUGAUCAGAGUUGUUCAAAGGCAGCUAAGAGGUUCAUGUCUUGUUGCUAACUCAGAUGGAUCAAGAGGUGAGGAUGAGUCCAUAGCCUCCUCUGGAGUGAACAUGAUCUUGAAGACUGGAAGCCAAAGCUCUCAUCUGGAUCAUGAUACAUUAGCUACUGCAGUGGCUCAUUCAAAAAGGCAUUGGCAUAAAGGAUUAUCGAGAACAGUGUGGAAGGAAGAGAAACAACAUAAGCUUAAUCUGGAGGAUCUUGGCAAUGCAUCAACCAAGAAAUUGGUGGAGAGGUUCUCUUCUCCAGCUUCAUUCCCUUUCCAGAGAAUUCAUUCUGAAAGUGAAGUUGGAAUCGGGGCCUAUGUUGGGAAUCAUCAGGGUUUCAUUGGUGCUGCAAAGCAUAAGGCCAGUGACUUCCAAGUGGAUGAGAUUGACGUUGAAGGAAAAGUUGUGGAAUUGACUGACUUAACUGUCCCAGAGUUCCCUGAUUUUUCUAAGGAAGAUAUCUAUCAUGGGAGACCAUGGUACACUCAUUUUGUGAUACAGAAGUGCAUGAUUGACACUUACAGUAUAGCCAGAGCUCUGCACAAGGAAUUAAAAAUCCCAAUGCAUGUCAUCUACAGUGCUGGCCUGAAAGAUCGACGUGGAAUAACAACACAACGCAUGUGUGUUAGAGGCCACUACCCUCAGCAGAUUGUCAAAGCAUUAGGAGCCAUCAAGAAAUCCUUUGUUUCUGUAAAAGUGGGCAACUUCUCACAUUCCCCAUACCCCCUAGUUGUUGGAUCAUUAUCUGGAAACAACUUCAGGAUUACAUUGAGGGAUGUGCAGGCACCAAAAGGUGUGAUUUCAAGAGCAGUGGAUUCUGUGGUGCAGAAUGGCUUCCUAAACUACUUUGGCCUCCAGCGAUUUGGCAGUGGAGUCAUACCUAGCAAUGUGCUAGGCUGGUGCAUUCUCUCAGAGAAAUGGCAGACUCUUGUUGACUUGGUGAUGAAGAAUGAACUCUUUGGAGAUUCACGUGAUGUUGUAAAAGGCAGACGAAUAUGGCUGGAAACACGUGAUCCCAGUAAAGUGUAUCAAAGCAUAGAGGACAAGCAUGGAGAUAUAGCCAAGAUGAUGCAACAUCUAAUGCUUCAUCCAGGGGACUAUGAAAAUGCUCUCAAAUGUAUGAACCACCGAUUGCUAACGCUUUGGGUUAUGGGAUAUCAGAGCUACAUCUGGAAUAUGAUUGUGACAAGGCGAGUGCAUGAAUUUGGGUUGAAACCAAUUGAGGGAGACUUAGUUCUUGUUGAUAAGAAGGCCUUCUACAGGAGAGAACGUCUGCAUGAGGGACUGCUUGCAGGAGCAAGUACAGAAGGGUUGGGGAAGAGGGAGGAUGAUAUCCGACAUUUGGUGAGGCCAUUGAGCAGGGCUGAAGCAUCUGAGACUCCCAUUGAAGAUGUGGUCCUCCCAGUCCCUGGACAUGGAGUUGCUUUCCCAGAGAAUGAGAUCUCUCUUUGGUAUAGGAGGCUCCUAACCAGGGAUGGUUUCUCUCCAGAGGACUUUCAUCUCCCUUGGUUUGCUUCAAGAGGAAUCUAUCGCCAGCUCUUGGUAAAACCCUGUGAUUUCCAAUGGCAUCUUGUCCACUACAAUCACAUGUAUGAAAAGCUCCCCCCAAAAAACACUCCCCCUUUCUCUGAGAGUGACCCUACAUAUCAUAUAGGAGGUGGAAAAGAUCAAUUUCAGGGUCUGCUCCUAGCUUUCUCUCUUCCUGCUGGUUGCUAUGCUACUGAACUCAUUCGAGAGCUGCUGAAGCAAAGCAGUGGUGUGCAUAAUCACCAUUCAUUAUGUGUGAAUGAGAGUGUGUGCAUAUGUGACUGGUACAGAGCCAUGCCUUCACAGCAAAUAUUUUUCGGCAUCUACAUCCCUCCUCAGAAUGUUGAAGGCAAAGAGAAUGACAACAGCAUGGGAGUGGAGAGAGUGCUGACUAAUCGAGAAGAAGCUUUGAAAAUUGCAAAAAAGCAUCCUGGAGCUCGCUUCAAGGCAUUUUCUGUGCAAGAGGAUGCCAUUCAUUUUGCUCAGCAAGGCUUCUCUGUCAGAAAGGAUGCAGGAACUGCUGCCACAGACAACGCCAAUUGUGAGAAGCCCCUCCCAUUCAAAGCACCCAAGCCACAAGACAUGACAAGAUUGAAGAAGAUGAUAGAGGCUGGAGAGGUGGACACUUUUAUGCAGACUGUAUGGGAUAAUCCCCAUGUGCAGCAGUCUGGUCCUUAUACUGAGCAGCUAUGUGGUUGCUUGGUGCCAUACACCCCUGGUGACAAGCAAAUUAAAAACAUCUGGUACAAUGCUUUGCAUGUGGGAGCUAUUGCAAAGCAGGCCAAGUUGUGUCAGGUGCUUCUAGACACCAUUGAAGACCCUGAAUUUACGGCUCGCCUCUACCCAGAUGAUUCCCCAAGUGCUCAUCGCUCACGUAUUUCCUUUCUUAUGGACCUCUACCUGAAUACACCUGAUCGUGCAGGGAAUGAGACACCACUUCACUUUGCCGCAAAACUUGGAGCAGUGGAAGUGGUUCGUAUACUUGUCUCAUAUAGGAUGUGUGAUCGAGAGCGCAAGAAUAAGCACGGAGAGACACCUAGGGAUAUCAUCUGCUCCCGUUGUUCAGAUGCAAAUCCAUCCACAAAGAAAAAGAUUCACCAGUUGCUUGCUGAGCAGUACUUUAUUCCAUUGUUGGGAUCAGAUGAUACAAUGCCUUUGAAACUGCUCAAGCCCUGGUCUCCAGAUCGACAUGGGAGUAGACCUUCUGCUUUACCCCUAGACCAAGACCUCUUACCUUCAGGUAGCCCCCAUAAGUCCCAAUAUCAAGUAAAUGCUUAUGUGGGACCACUCUCAAGUAAUGAAGCUGAUGCUCUCUUCAAGGAGCUAAAGCAAUCAUCAUCUCCAAGAUCAAACAAGAGACCUGGUGCAUAUCAUGAUUUGAAGGCAAGGGGAAGGGCUAUGGCUCGAGAGCAUCAUGUCCCAUGGAAGGAAUACUGGGGCUUCUUGGGAGGAUUCUAUGACUUGUCCUCAGAUGAUGGGCUUCAAAAAUUGAAUGAGCACCUGAAAAAUGUAAGCCGUUCUCUUACUGAGCCAAGGAAGAUGGUGAAUAUGAAAAGAAAGAGAGUGAUGCAAGGAGGAUCACUUGCAGAGGAAUCAGGGUCUCCACGCCUCGUCCAGGUGGCAACUCCUUUUUCCGCAUCUUUGAGGAAGGAUGGCAAUGUCAAAAUCCCUGAGGAUUCCAUGACUCUGGACCACAGUGAUAGAAUCUCUAAGAGUGCCAGGAAUUUGGCAUUGGUCUUGACACGUGCUGCUCUUGAUGCACACACAGAAAUGUCUGAAUCUCUCUACAGCCCUAUUUCUAGGGAAUCCAAGCUCCCAAUAGCUAUGCAUGUGAAGAUGGCCCAGUCCACAGCUGAAUGGAUUGCUGAAGAUGAUAAGAUGGAUGUUGUGGGAUUGUUACGUGAUCUACUUAAAAGGUUUGACCAGAGGCCUAAUUUUUAUAUGGACAGUUCUGAUGAUGAUGAUGAUGACAAAGCACAAAGUAUGUUGGAACCAGUGAGGGUAGGAAGAGGUGGAGCCAGCUCAUGGAGGGAGCCUCAGCAAGGCAAGAUGAGGACUUCAAGGCUUUCAAAGGAUUCAGCAUGUAUUCUCUCCCAGAUACAGGCAAGACUACUGCAAGAAGUUCCCUUGAAGACUUGUGAGUGUAUCUCCAAUGGGAACCGGCCAUUCCAACAGUGGAAUGCUCGAAGACUAUGGCCUGUUGAGGAUAAGUCUGAGUCAGUUGCAGAAUCUGAACCAGAAGAUGAGGAUGUUUGGGUCACUCCACCAUCCUCACCUGAGGAUGAACGACCUGUCACCCCUGACAACAGCAUGGAAUUCUUCAUUCAUGGUGAGGUUCCAAGUCGGACAGACGUGGAAGCCCUUGCUGCAAUCAGUUAUCUGGACAGCAUCCAGUUAGCAGAGUUAUACCCAUAUGUAUUCCAUUGGAAGACUGUCAUGGAGUCUCUGGAUCCCAAUGAGUUACACCGAUUGGAGAGAACUCCAAGACGUGUUGCAUUCACAUCCUCCACUGCAUCUAUUGCUGCUCCGUCCACUUCUGUUGGUUUCCAUCUCAAGCAACCCCUUCGCGCUGCUUCAUGCUGACACUAACAUAAGUUGUGAUAAUGAAGACUUUGCUUUUUUAUUCCCAUAGGCUUGCCCUAUAUGUUUUCAUUUUUGACAGACCUGAGUAAAAUCCAUAUUUAGUAAAUGAA